AUGUGGGAUCAGGAGGGCCGGCCUUCCCUGCGCCUUUGCUACCCUCUGGUGGCCGCCAGGGGAAGGACAGAACCCGAGGGCGAGGGCACGGGCACGGAGGGUAGCGAGGGUGGUGCUGGUGCUGGUGCCACUCGGGCCGUGGGGACCAGACUCGAGUUUGAGGAGAGGCGAUCAGAGGAAAACUGGGGGGGGGGUCCCUACGGGAACCCUGGUCUGCGGCGAGAGGGCUACACCGUGCAAGUGAACGUGAACGAUUACCUGGAUAUUUACUGCCCGCACUACAACAACUCGGGGAUGGGCCCGGGGGCGGGGCCCGGCCCCGGAGGCGGGGCGGAGCAGUACGUGCUCUACAUGGUGAGCCAGGCCGGCUACCACACCUGCAACGCCAGCCAAGGCUUCAAGCGCUGGGAGUGCAACCGGCCGCACGCCCCCCACAGUCCCAUCAAGUUCUCGGAGAAGUUCCAGCGCUACAGCGCCUUCUCGCUGGGCUAUGAGUUCCACGCCGGCCAGGAGUACUACUACAUCUCCACGCCCACCCACCUGCACUGGAAGUGUCUGAGGAUGAAGGUGUUCGUCUGCUGCGCCUCCACAUCGCACUCCGGGGAGAAGCCGGUCCCCACUCUCCCCCAGUUCACCAUGGGCCCUAAUGUGAAGAUCAACGUGCUGGAGGACUUUGAGGGCGAGAACCGCCAGGUGCCCAAGCUCGAGAAGAGCAUCAGUGGGACCAGCCCCAAGCGGGAACACCUGCCGCUGGCCGUGGGCAUCGCCUUCUUCCUCAUGACGCUCUGGGCCUCCUAGCUCUGCCGCUCCCUGGGCAGGGAGAGAUGGGGCGGGGCUGGGAAGGAGCAGGGCGCUUGGGGCCUCUUCAAGCCAAGCUGUGGGGCCUGGACCCCGUCUCCCAUGGCUGGAAGUGGGGUCUGCACCAUACACCUGUGCCUGCCCCCUUUUCCCUCUCUCUCCAGGCGGGCACUGUAGUAGACCAGGUGCAGGGACAGCCACAGGUCCCGGGUGGCCUGGUGAUGUUUGGUACCAAAUUGGGGGCCACAAUGGGCAGUGCUCAGGACUCCCUGCCCACCGGUACUUUCCCUGCCCCCCUGGUAUCCUCCCCCUCUGACCUCCCAGAGAGGCGAAUGUGCCCAAGAGAGAGCAUAUCCAAGUCUGGGGGUACCCCUACUCUCCCCUCCAGGGCAGAGCAUGGGGAGGGGACUAAAUGGGUGAGGGGGUGGCACCGCCCACUGCCCCCUUCCCCUGUUUACAGCAAUAAGCACGUCCUCCUCCCCCCACUCUCACCUCCAGGAUUGUGGUUUGGAUUGAAUCCAAGUUUACAAUUGACACCCUGGAGGGCAGGCCGUGGACUAGGGUGGCGAGGGGUGGGCAUUGGGGUGCCGGGCAGGCAUGUACAGACUCUAUAUCUCUAUAUAUAAUGUACAGACAGACAGACUCCCUCCCCCUCCUGACCUCCCUUGACUUCCCCUUGGAGAGCUUCAGACCCCUUCCCCACCAGGCUAGGCCCCCCCGGGGGACCCCCUGGCUCCUCUUUUGUCUUCCGUGAAGACAGGACCUAUGCAACGCACAGACACUUUCGGAGACCUUGAGACAACGCCCCACCCCCACCCCGCCCGGAGCCAAACCUGACUCCCAGGACCCGUCCUGCCCACCCGACGUGGCCCCCCGUCCUCCUGGGCCUUAUUUCAAGUGCUUUGGCUGUGACUUUGAUACUCUGCUCUUAGUCUAAAAAAAAU